UAUGCAAGCAAGAACACCAGCUCGAUUCUAAACACCAAAGCAUCGAGAUUCGCGCACAGCAAAAAGAAUGCGGCGCCAUGGUAGGGCGCCUGUUUCCCCACCUUUACCUCACUUUGCAACUGAGGCGUCCACAUUGCUUGAUAGGAUCCUUGAUCAUAUAGCGCAGCCUCACAAUCAGCUAUCCCGGUUACCAUAUUCCUUGACAAAGGCAUUCACAAAUGUCGUCGACCGCAUGGAUAUGUUUAUGGGCCUCGAGAUUGCCACUCUUUUCAGCCAUGGAUUCUGGUCUAAGGUUGUGCAGCUCCAUGGCACUGCCCUGCGUGAGUUGGUGCAACUCCACAAGGAAGAAAACGACAGGGCGGAGCGGGUUGAGAUGCUUCUACGCGGCUGCAUGUCUAUCUUCAUGAAGACGAACGCGCUCAAGACCGGCACCGAACUCAGCAUUCGACUCGUUCGCGCCUUUACUCGCAGCGACAUGUUUCAAUGCUAUGCGCAGCUCAUCGCGGUGUGGGCAGGCGCGCCGAACACCGAAUUAAACGCCAGGCUACGGACGCUGGCUCAGUUCAGUCUUGUCUUCAGCAGCUGCGUCCAGGUCACUGUUUCCGAAAAAGCUCUAAAAGCUUACGGUGACCCAACCUGCUUGUGCCUGUACACCGAAUUCGUGCGCGCGCUUUCCGACAGCCACCUGUUAGAACACAUGUGCCAGGUGCUGCUGCGCUUCCAGGCUGCAGCAGCAGCCACCAUGACGGGAACCCAAGCUCACAUCACCCAGCAGGGCGUGGUGGAGACCUGCGGCUGCAUCGUUAGCGCCUUGCACGGGAUCGCGGGCAAGCAGGGCGUCUUGGAGGAGAAGUGGGGUUCUCGUCCCCUGCCGGCCCAGGCUGCGCUGUACUCCGAAUGGCUGGGGGUGCUGCCGUUGGUCCGCAGAGUGCUGUCGGGGCCCUGCCUGCAGUUCCUGCUAGGCCGGGAGUUGAUUGCCUCCCGGCUGCGUCUCACCGGUUCGGGACCCGGGCACGGCCUGCCAGACACCUUCCUUCCAGAGACCUCCGCGCUCAGUGCUUCCGUCAUCGCCCGCGGCGCUGCAGCGGCGGCGGACCGGGUGCUUUCCCGCCUCGGCGCGGCAGCCCUCGUGUGGGACGUCACCUUCGCCGAUGAUACCCCACCGCUUCCAGGCGCUACGGUUGCAGGGGCUUCCGCCGAGACCGCCGCUGGUGCAAAUCUCCAAGCAACGCCGGCGGUAGCUGCAGAGAUCGCCGCUGCUGCUGCCGUCGCCGCGAAUUCCCAAGCCACGCCUGCAGCAUCCGCUGCCGCAUCCGGCAGCAGCAGCAGCAGCAGCAGCGCCGCCGGGAGCCGCGGCGUCGCGGCGUGCGGCAUGCCGUACCGCCCCGUCAACGUGUUUGAUCUGAUGCACGGCUCCCUGCUAUGUGUCGUACACGACGCCCCCGCGGAGCACCUCCCCGGGGGCAGCCACCUAACCCUAGUGGCACCCACGAUGCUACUGCUGCGCCUGUUUGACAAGCUGGGGCGCCGACAUGCGUUGGCUCGACUGCCCGACCUGUGGUACCUGGUUUCGUCGCUGUUGCUGCGGCCGCAGGUGCAGCUGGGACGCCGCCCCAACCGGCCGCUGAGCCGCAUUGCCGACCUGUUGAGGAAGACCAUGACGUGGCAGAGCAUGGAGCAGCUGCAGCAUCUGCAGCAGCAACAGGAGCACCCGCAGCAGCAGCAGCAGCAGCAAGUAACGGCGGCAGCAGCAGCAACGGCAGCGGAGCCAGCGGGAGAUUCCGCGGCCGGGGUUAAGGUGGAGGAAGGGGCCGCGGGGCAGCCUGUGGCAGCCGUUAGGGUUGCGGAUGCGGAUGUGGAGGCUGGGGGCGGUGCUGGGGGCCCGGCAGAGGGACAGUCGGAGGCCGCCGGGGAGGCGGCGGUAGCGGCGCAGGGGCAGCAGGCGCGGGGCGGAGUCGGGCGGGCGGCAGUGGGUCCGAUGGGCACUACAGGCACCGGUACCGUGAUGCCGGCCCCGGUCGCGGCUCCCGAGCAGGAGCCCGACUGCCCCUUUGGUCUGCGCUGCGCCCUAGAAAGCGGCCUCCUGCCCGCCGUUGAGUCCCUCACGAGGCGCCUUGCCUCCGCCAAGCCAGUCCUGGCGGAGCGCGAGCAGCUGUGUUGCUUCCUGAUCAGCAACAUGCUGUGCCGUACGGGUGUCUGGCCCGCCGUACUGGCCCAUGGGUCAGUUCCCCAGGUGACAUCCCUGGUGGUCACGCUGCGAAAGGUGCUUUUGCUGGGCAGUACAAAGUCGCCGUCCGACGUCGACACUCGCGGCGCAGCAGCGGGUCAGCCCACGCUGGAGGGGGGAGAGGCGGCGGAGGAAGUCCUGGAGACGCGGAUGGGCAGUUUGUUGCUAGUGCUGUUGGAGCAGAUGGCUGCAGCGCUGUUGUCGCAGACGGAAGCCGCCAACAAGGCGGCCGUUAGUCAGUCAGAUGUGACCCAGGGCGCGGCUAGCCUGGGCGGCGAUGGUAGCACGCCCCAGUGCUCCGCUGGUCAGGACGACAGGGCGCGCCAGACGACUGCUACCCGGGCCGGAGACGUCUCCCAGCCUUCUGGUGCGCAGGCGGACACAUCCCAGCCUGUCGCUGCUAUAGUCCAAAUCGACGCGCCCCAGCCUGCCCCAACCCACGCCGAGGCGUCCCAGCCCCCCGCUGGCACGACCCGCGCUGCCGACUCACCUCUGCAUGCUGCUGCGCAGUCCGCCCCAGUUCAGCCCGCCAGCGACACGCCAGUGUUGGAAUGGCACCUAGGUCACUUCUUCACGCCCCUGGCCUUGACCAACGCAGUCCAGCAGCGGCAGGGAGCUGCAGCCGCCACGGACCUUGCAUGGCUGGCCAAGGCGGGAGGUCUGCCGACCCAUGGGCCAUUGGCUGCGGAACAGCAGCGCUACUUGGCCACGUUUGCGAUCAAGGAGUGGCUGCCUAUCCUGGCGACGUCCGUAAUCGAACGCGGUGUGAGGGGCUACCUGCCGCAGGCGUUGGGGACGUUGGCGGGGUGCAUGCAUCUGGUUGCGGUGCAGAGUCUCGGCUCCCGAUUGCGGCUGGAGGCGGCGGCAUGGGGGCGAUUGGAGAUGGCUUGCUUGACCUCCGACGGAAGCGGCGACGGGAGCAGCAGCACUGCCGCUGCCGCUAGAGGCGGCAAUGCGGCCGACCGCAGCUGCAACUGCAGCAGCACGAGCAGUUCCGCAGAGCCCGGGUCCGGCAGUAGCGCUUCCUCCGGUGCUGCUGCUGCUGCUGCCGCCGGGGAAGCCGCACUCAAGGCAGCAGCAGCUGCUGCCGCGAAGGCGGUUUCAGUAGGUCGGGAGCUAUCAAGCUUUAAAGACUGGUGGGUCUUCCUACGCACGGGGAUGGAAGUGGCGGCCUGGAUCAAUUCGGUGUUGCAGCACGAGGACGAGAGGGAGGCGGGCGGGCCGCUGCCCCAUGGCAGACAGCACGGCAGACCCUCGCUGCUGCCCGCUGCCUUUGACGUGCUGGAGGUCCUGGUGGCGGCAUGGGCGGGGCUGGGCGGCCUGAAUAUUGUACGGCAGGGGCAGGAGGAGCGCCCGAACAGGCAGGUUGCUGAGGAGGUGGUUGUGGAUUUGACGGAGGAGGGGCCGGAGCAGCAGCAGCAGCGGCAGCAGUCGCCUUUGGAAUCGUCGCCACAGCAUCGGAGGCCGCAUGUGAAGUCACGGCGUCGUCAUAAGCAUGCGGCAGACGGCGGCGACAGCGCUGCGGCGUCAACCUCCUCGGGUGCUGCUGCCGCAGCAGCGGUGACGUCACCCCCGACAAGCGCUACAACUCCGGUGCCCGCCGCAGCAGCAGCCUCCCCCAGUACCGCAGCCACCACCGCCUCCACCUCCUCUACCAGUCCUCCUUCCAGCAGCAUGGUUGCUAGCCCUCAUAAUGUCGCCUCCGGCAAGCCUGCAGCGCUCCCCCCCAACGCCCUUUCCUGCCGGGUUACCUGGCCCGGCCGUACCCUCUUGCUAAAUGCCGCGCUGGAGUCCCGGCUGCAUCAGCAAGGCCGGCAGAAGCUGCUAGCGGCGUUGCAUUGGUGGGCUGACACCGAGCAGGCGACCCAAGGCAGCGGAGAGGCCCUGAUGGAGGCUUACCUUGAGAAGGGCCUGAAUGGCGAAGCCUGGCGUCCGGAGCCGAUUCAGAGCCUGCUCGUGACGGUGCUGCAGAAGCAUAAGCAGUGGGGGCUCUGGCUGCCCUCGCCUUCGCACGUCGCGGAGGAGGUGCAGGCGGCGGGGUCGAAGCGCUGCAGCUUCAGCUUUUGCAUGAACCUGGAGGGCAUGACGGAGACGGAGUUGCCGAGUCGCAAGGUCUGCGCGCGGUGCCGGUCGGUGUCGUACUGUAGCGGCGGGUGUCAACUGGAGGAUUGGAAUGUCGCGCAUCAGUGGGGGUGCAAGAGCAUGCAGCAGAUGCGGAUGCGGCAGGAGGAGGGGAUGAAGCAGAAGUGAGGUGGUUUCGGGGCGUGCUGUUGUGCUCAAGUUGUUGGUUGUGGUGGUGCGUGGUUGCACUCACGUUGGGACGAUAGGGGCAGGGGAAACUGCAUGCGAAGCUAGGAGCGGCUGUGGAAGUGCUGUUGUAAGUGAUCCCAAGCGCGAUGUGACGUUUGUUCUUGGUUUAUAGAAGCUGCUUAUGUUUGUGUGAUGCUGGGUUGCAUGGUUAGUCAUGAAGGAAUACGACAGCAGCGGGAGCUGUAGUGAUCAGGGCACGUGGGAAAGAUGCUUAAGCAGCACCAGGAUGUUGUUUUCGGCCGCAUGCAGGUUGGCUUUCCGCAUUCCAUGCUGCACAUCUUCAUCGCAGGCGUUGGUGCCAAUGCAAGUACUGCAUUGGUCAAAUAGUGUAUCGUUCCUUAUGUGCACAAUGCGUGUUUUUCUUUCUGUUGACUGCACGUAAUACCACGGACUGCUACUUCUGACUUUAGGUGGCAUGUCAAAUAGCUGCAUGGUGUUAUAUACUAUACGGUAUAGGAAAUAGCAUAGCAAGAUACGGUUGCUGCAGUAGCCAUGCAUGGGCGUGUGUGCGGCAUGCAAAUGAGCGAGAUCUGGUCGGAAGUGCACCUUGGGAGGGCUGAGGUGGUCGUUCUGGAGUGAUGGAGAGACGAUGCUGCACUGCAUUGCAAGCCGUGCUAGGCAUGAUGGCGCAGAAUCCCGCUCAUGCGUGUCGUACCCUGCUGCUGCAAUGGCAGUAGCGAAGGCUGCAUGGAAGUGGUGGCUGGAGCCUGGAGCCCCAGGCACCGCCCUAGGCAACAUUUACUCCGUUUGCUUACUGUUGGCAAUUGAUAACAAUUGAUAACUGCAAAGCUGUUGCCAAGUUGUUUGUUAAGCCGGCAGUACCGGUAUACUACACUACACUAACCUUGUAGUGGUGAGGCUCGUGGUGAGGCUCGAAACAGCACAGCUGAGGCUUGCGUUGCGCCACUCGGCCGCCCUGUUGUGGAGGGCCCUAGCCCGGCAAUGCUGCGGCCGUAGUAGUCCAAGAGAUUGCCUUGCACCGGAGGGCACUGUGUAAGGCGC